GUGAGUCAGAGGCGAAACAAAAUGCAUGAUGUUUCAUUUGAAGUAUAAUUCUGUGUCAUUAACAUGCAGACUCUUUUUUAGUUUUUGUGUUGCUUAUCUACUGAAGUUUAUUUAACAGGAAUCAUUAUUUAUAACUUCGUAUAAAUCACUGACCAUGAAAGUUGUAAAACCUCAUGGUUGCCACUGUAGGUUAUUCUGAUGUGAUAACUUCUGAUGAUGUAUAGUUGUGGUUUAGAUUGAUUUCCAUCUGUAUAUCCAACCAGAAUAACAGCAGAUUCUUCACCUUAAAAAAGAAACAAAACCCUCUCACAACCAACUUAGUAAGGUAAUAAAGUACUCACUUUUCUGCUAAAACUACUAGUAUAUAAUAAAUACAAUAAACUGAGCUCCUGCUGUUAAAAAAUAAUCUAAAUAUUUUUAAAGCCCUAUAUUAUUAAUAGAAUGUAUUAAAAUUAAGAGGGAUUCAAGAAAAAAUGUUUUACACGUUGCAUUUCACAUAUGUGAUUUGCAUUAGUGUUACUCAGAGAAUACAUGUUCUUGUUUAUUGAAGAGGCUUAUCCUGUGUGAUGUUUAUGUGAAUCUAAUACAUACAUAUAUACAAAUACAGAGCAUAUGGCUAGUAGAAUCUAUGGAAUAUAGAUUUUGUUUCAAAAUAUUUGCAUUACUUUUUUUAGGAUAUGAAUUAUAAAACGUAUCAUAUUUCUUGGUUGGGUGGCUUUCUUUUGUGUGUAUGUGGUGUUUGUUUUUGUGGGACUGUUUUUCAUAACUGGUGCCAUUUUGAAAAUGCAGCUGUUUACCUGGUUUAGAGCUUUUUUUGUCAGAUGUGUCAUUGUAGGGUUUCUCAAUGUUAAUUUCAGGACAUUUAUAUGAAGACAACACUUCAUACAAAUUCCUAUUAUGUCCUGGGCUGGUGUGUUGGAUGGCAAUCACUUGUCCAUGAAACCAGUUUGUGAUUUCUACUGGCAGUUUGUAGCAGAACAAGACCUUGAUAUUGUAAUGUAUCUAUUUUCCCUGUUUAUGAAGUUGACAGGACCCUACUUCUUCAACUCACAUUUUGUUGUCAGAUAUGACUUGCUAGUGCUGCUGCCUGAAUUGUAGGAAGAUAAUGAAUGAAAGUGUUAGUAAAUCAAUUCCUUAGAAGAGAGUUUUUGGUUUGAAUAAUUACCUGACAUUGUUACUACCCCUGGAAAAAUAUAUGUGCAAAAAAUGCAAUGUAGAUAAAUUCUUCCAAUUCAUCUUCAGAUGGAUGAAUCUGAUGUGAUUGAUGCAUACUUUCUAUACUGGAGAAUAAGCAAGACAAAAUUGUUUUUCUAACUGUAUGAGUUGCAGAGGUUCACCAGGUCAGUCUCUAGGGAACUUUGUGAAAGGGAUUGAGAACAUUAUGGAGUCUACUACAAGCUGCAAGCCUUGAGUUAAUGUUUAGAUUUUCUUUUUGUGCUUACCUUCACUGCAAUUUAUAAUCCUUGUAGAUCACAAGACUGCUGACAUAGAAUUGGAAGAGGAAAUUCAGUCUGUUCUUCAUGAAGCUCUCCAUUCCCAGCCUGGAGAGAGACAUGAAGAUGUAGAUGAAAGUGUAAGUGACCAGUGGCAAGUAGAGGAAGAAACACAUGGAGAAACUUUUGAAGCUCCUGCAACAGAUGACAUGCUCAGAGAAUUUGAGCCUGAAAUUCCAGAAGCAUAUGAGACACCAGACUCAGUUCAGAAAGAUGCUGAUCCUAUGGUGGAUGAUGUUGGAGCAGUGGAGUCUGAAUCAUAUGAAAUUCCAGCCUUAGAUGAUUAUGUUGCAGAUUUGGAAGAGAGAGUAAGUGAUCCAGACACUCCAGGUGACUCUGAGAUAAUGCCAGAAGACGCUAUGGAACAUUAUAAAGAGGAUAGAGUGCAUGAAGAUUAUAGUGAAGACCAAGGAAUAGAAAGUAAGCCAACAGAAGAUGAUGUGGUCAUUGAACCAGAGGAAUCAGAAAAACCUGUUAAACCUGAAGAUUAUUCAGAUGAUGUUCAAGUGGGGAAAAGUGAAAAAGAAACUGAACAAGACAAAACAGAAAAAGCUAAAAAGAAGAAGAAGCCAAAGCUCUUAAACAAGUUUGAUAAGACCAUUAAAGCUGAACUAGAUGCUGCAGAAAAACUACGUAAAAAAGGGAAAGUUGAAGAAGCUCUAAAGGCCUUUGAAGCAUUAGUGAAUCAAUAUCCACAAAGUCCUCGAGCAAGAUACGGGAAAGCACAGUCUGAAGAUGACUUAGCUGAGAAAAUGAGAAGCAAUGAGAUGCUGCAACAAGCUAUCAACACCUAUGAUGAGGUGGUUAGUCUGCCAAACGUCCCUUCAGACCUGAUAAAACUGAGCUUGAAGCGAGAGGCAGACAGGCAGCAGUUCCUUGGUCGCAUGAGGGGUUCCCUGGUUACUCUACAGAAAUUAGUUCAGCUGUUUCCCAGUGAGACUUCAUUCAAGAAUGACCUUGGUGUUGGUUACCUCUUGAUAGGAGAUAACAGCAAUGCUAAGAAAGUAUAUGAAGAGGUCCUAAGUCUGGCUCCAAAUGAUGGCUUUGCCAAAGUACAUUAUGGCUUCAUCCUGAAGGCAGAAAACAAGAUAGCAGAGAGCAUACCUUAUCUACAGGAAGGACUGGAGUCUGGUGACCCUGGCACAGAUGAUGGACGUUUUUAUUUUCAUCUGGGUGAUGCAUUACAGAGAAUGGGAGACAAAGAGGCAUACAAGUGGUAUGAACUUGGAUACCAAAGAGGUCACUUUGCAUCAGUUUGGCAGCGCUCCCUCUACAAUGUCAAGGGACUGAAAGCUCAACCUUGGUGGACAGCAAGGGAAACUGGGUAUACAGAACUGGUGAAGUCCUUAGAGAAAAACUGGAAGCUCAUUCGGGAUGAAGGUCUUGCUGUGAUGGAUAAAAAACAAAGCCUCUUCCUGCCUGAAGAUGAGAACCUACGGGAAAAAGGAGACUGGAGCCAGUUUACCUUAUGGCAACAAGGGAGAAAAAAUGAGAAUGCUUGUAAAAGUGUUCCAAAAACAUGUGCUUUAUUGGAAAGGUUCCCGGAAGCUACUGGCUGCAGAAGAGGGCAGAUCAAAUAUUCUAUCAUGCACCCAGGGACUCAUGUCUGGCCCCACACAGGGCCCACCAAUUGUCGGCUGAGGAUGCAUUUGGGCUUGGUGAUCCCUAAGGAAGGCUGCAGAAUACGGUGUGCCCAAGAGAACAGGUAUGGUUGCAAUACUGGGGUAUUUUUUACUGUUUUGGGGAGAAGGGGGUUGCUUGCUUGCUUGGUUGUUUUUUUGGGUGUUUUUCCCCCCAGUUUUCUCAAGACUGAAGAAGGAAUGGAACUGCAUGUAGUUAAAAAAAAGGAGACUGUUUUGAUGAUGAGGAUGUGUAAUAUAUUUCAUGAAACAAACAAUUUGCACUCUGACUCAUGGUACAAACGUAUUGAGACAAACCUGCUCUUCUCUGCUAUGGCAUUGAAAUAAGGGUUUGGUCAAUGGGAUCUCUAUUUACUUUUACAAUGCCACACUAAUA